AUGUUACUGUUAACAUUUCUUUUGAUACAAUCAUAUAUCAUAUGGAUAUCUUCUGUCGAUGGAAAUAUUCCUUUUCCAAAAGAUAUGAAUAUACACGUUCUAUUUCCACCUAUUAUUCAAACUCACGAAUCUAUUCCUCUUGGUCAUCUUCGUCCAUUAGGUUGGCAACGUCGUGCUGACGGACCAAUCUUAGAAGAUUCACUUAAUAUAGAACCAGCACGUUUCUAUCAUUUAUUUGUUCAAGGAAAUCGAUCUGUAGUUAUACGUGGUAUUGUUUCAGCAUUAGAUGUUUUAUGGACAGAUAGUUAUUUAUCGAAACGUUAUGGUCAUUUAAAUGUUACUGUUGCUAAACGAAAACAACGUCUUAUUGAUACAUUAAUAAUGAUGCCAUUCAAAACAUUUCUUGAACAAUAUAGACAAGAUGAUUUAUAUAUGAAUACAAUUAUACCUGAUGAAAUGAAAACUGAAGCAUCAUUACCAUCACUUAUUACUUGUGGAAUAUUUAGUAAACGUCUAUUAGAACCUAUUCUAUGGAUAAGUGCAGGUGAUACCGCAUCACUUCUAUAUGCACAUGCACAAAAUACAUUACAUUGUGUAUUAGAUGGUCGAAAAGAUUUUAUUAUUUAUGAUACUUCAAAUAAAUAUCCACAUGAACUUAAUCUUAUAAAACAAUCAAAUGGAGAUUUAUUUUCUCGUAUUGAUGUUGAUUUA